AUGCGCGAAAUUGUUCAUAUUCAGGCCGGCCAGUGUGGCAACCAAAUUGGUGCAAAGUUCUGGGAGGUUAUUUCUGACGAGCACGGUAUUGACCCUACUGGGGCCUACCAUGGCGACUCGGACCUCCAACUUGAACGCAUCAACGUGUACUACAACGAGGCCACCGGUGGGAAAUAUGUUCCCAGGGCUGUGUUGGUAGAUCUCGAGCCUGGGACGAUGGAUAGUGUCCGUGCCGGUCCUUUUGGUCAAAUCUUCAGACCGGACAAUUUUGUCUUUGGUCAAAGUGGUGCUGGUAACAACUGGGCAAAGGGCCACUACACUGAGGGUGCCGAGCUUGUCGACUCAGUCCUUGAUGUUAUCCGAAAGGAAGCAGAGUCCUGUGAUUGCCUUCAAGGCUUUCAGUUGACUCACUCCCUCGGAGGUGGUACUGGUUCGGGUAUGGGAACACUACUUAUUUCCAAGAUUCGUGAGGAAUAUCCUGACCGCAUCAUGGUGACCUACUCCGUUGUGCCCUCUCCUAAGGUGUCUGAUACGGUCGUUGAGCCCUACAAUGCUACACUUUCCGUCCACCAACUUGUUGAGAAUACCGAUGAAACUUACUGCAUCGACAACGAGGCUUUGUAUGACAUUUGCUUCCGCACACUUAAAUUGACAAAUCCGACUUAUGGCGACUUGAACCAUCUCGUCAGCGCUACGAUAUCCGGUGUCACGACCUGUUUGCGCUUCCCCGGUCAACUGAACUCUGAUCUCCGCAAACUCGCCGUCAACAUGGUGCCCUUCCCACGUCUCCAUUUCUUCAUGCCUGGGUUCGCACCACUGACGAGCCGUGGUAGUCAGCAGUACCGAGCGCUCACUGUCCCUGAGCUGACUCAGCAGAUGUUUGAUGCUAAAAACAUGAUGGCUGCUUGCGACCCACGUCACGGGCGUUAUCUUACUGUGGCUGCCAUCUUUCGCGGUAGGAUGUCCAUGAAGGAGGUCGACGAGCAAAUGCUCAAUGUGCAAAACAAGAACUCGAGCUAUUUCGUUGAGUGGAUCCCCAACAACGUCAAAACGGCUGUUUGCGACAUCCCACCAAGAGGUCUUAAGAUGUCCGCCACUUUCGUUGGUAACAGUACUGCUAUACAGGAGCUCUUCAGGCGUGUGAGUGAGCAGUUUACUGCUAUGUUCCGCCGCAAGGCCUUCCUUCACUGGUACACUGGUGAAGGCAUGGAUGAAAUGGAGUUCACCGAAGCCGAGUCUAAUAUGAACGACCUGGUGAGCGAGUAUCAGCAGUACCAGGACGCCACGGCCGAUGAUGAAGGCGAAUAUGAGGAGGAGGAAGCUGAAGAUGCAUAG